GGUAAUCCAGGGGCCCAAUGAGUCUCCGUCAGCAUUUCUGGAGAAACUAUCCCCAGGCGUGGGCAGAAACUGCAGGGAUAGGGAAGGCUAAAAACCAGCCCCCCGUCCACAUAGAGCUGAAGGUUCAGGCCAGUCCUAUAGCUGUCCUUCAAUACCCAAUGUCUCGAGAGGCACACAAAGGCAUCCGACCCCACAUUGCCUGUUUGCUCCAGCUGGGGAUCCUACGGAAGUGCCAAUCACCAUGGAACACUCCCUUGCUACCGGUCCGAAAACCUGGGACUAAUGAUUACCGACCGGUCCAGGACCUCCGAGAGGUAAACAAGCGGGUGACCGACCUCCACUCCACAGUUCCUAACCCCUAUAAUCUUUUAAGUUCUCUGCCCCCAGACAGGACCUGGUACUCGGUACUGGAUCUCAAAGAUGCAUGCUUCUGCUUACCGCUGGCUGUAAAUAGUCAAGAUUACUUUGCCUUCGAAUGGAAAGAUCCAGAGACUGGCCUAGCAGAGCAACUCACGUGGACCCGCCUGCCUCAAGGAUUCAAAAACUCAUCCACCAUCUUUAACGAAGCCCUCUACCAAGACUUGGAUAUGUUCCGGGCCUCCAACCCCCAGAUAACUCUGUUGCAGUAUGUAGAUGAUCUCCUCCUGGCAGCGGCCGAUGAGGAACUGUGUCUGGAAGGAACAAAGCGUCUCCUCACAGAGUUGGGAGAACUGGGCUAUCGAGCCUCCGCCAAAAAAGCUCAGAUCUGCAAGCAACAGGUCAGUUAUCUGGGGUAACUUCUUAAAGACGGGAAAAGAUGGUUGUCUGAGGCCAGAAAAGAGACAGUGUUUCACAUUCCACCACCUGCUAACCCAAGACAAGUCAGGGAAUUUUUAGGUACUGCCGGGUUCUGCCGCCUAUGGAUACCUGGUUUUGCCGAGAUGGCAGCCCCGUUAUAUUCCCUCACUAAGAACAGUCAGCCCUUCAAGUGGGGAAAGGAAGAGCAACAGGCUUUUAACAACAUCAAGACGGCCUUGAUGUCCGCACCAGCUUUGGGGCUCCCUGACGUAACCAAGCCCUUCCACCUGUAUGUGGCAGAAAAUAAGGGGGUUGCAAAGGGAGUCCUAACUCAAAAACUGGGCACCUGGAAAAGGCCUGUAGCAUAUCUGUCCAAGAAAUUAGACCCAGUAGCCUCGGGGUGGCCGGCUUGUCUAAGGAUCAUAGCGGCAGUAGCAGUUCUGGUAAAAGAUGCUGACAAGUUGACUAUGGGACAGAAUUUGGUAAUCUCGGCACCUCAUGCCUUAGAGAGUAUUGUCUGCCAGCCCCCCGACCGCUGGCUCACAAAUGCUCGCAUGACUCACUAUCAGACUCUGUUACUGAACUCAGACCGGGUUACUUUCGCUCCCCCGGCAAGCUUAAAUCCAGCCACGUUGCUCCCAGACCCUGACCUUGACCCUCCUAUCCAUGACUGCCAACAAGUACUUGCUGAGGCACAUGGAUGGCGGAAAGACUUGUCAGAUCAGCCUCUGACGGACACCGAAGCCACCUGGUUCACCAGUUUUCUGGAGGAAGGAGUAUGGAAAGCAGGAGCCGCUAUAGUAGAUGGCCAGAACCUGAUAUGGGCACAGGCCUUACCUGCAGGAACGUCCGCCCAGAAGGCAGAACUCAUCGCCCUCACAAAAGCCCUUGAACUAGGAGAGGGCAAAAGAAUCAACAUCUAUACAGACAGCAGGUAUGCCUUUACCACUGCCCAUAUGCACGGUGCUAUCUAUCGACAGCGGGGUCUGCUAACCUCUGGAGGAAAAGAAAUCAAAAACAAGGCAGAGAUCGUAGCCCUGCUAGAGGCCCUUCACCGACCGCUAAAAGUGAGUAUUAUACACUGCCCGGGCCAUCAGAAAGGGAUUGCCAGGGGAAACAGUUCGACUGAUUCUGAAGCAAGGGCGGCAGCCCAUACGUCCACUUCUCUUCUGCUAAUCUCGAGGGACUCUAAUAACCACUUCAAUCAGGAAAAAGGGCUCUGGCAUGCAGUGUCAGGCAAGCCUAUCUUGCCACAAGAACAAGCACGCGCCAUGAUUAAACAAAUGCACCAAUGGACUCAUCUGGGAGUAAACAAAUUGGUCCAGACUGCCCUAAGGACUAAAUAUCACAUCAUGGGGCUAAAACAAUUAGCAGAACAGGUAGUUUAUAAGUGUGUGCCAUGUCAAAAGGUAAAUGCUUGUAAAAAUACCACGGGACCUGGCAAAAGACCCAGGGGAGACAGACCUGGGGUAUAUUGGGAAGUAGACUUUACCGAGAUCAAGCCAGGUAAAUAUGGUUAUAAGUAUCUCCUAGUCUUUGUAGACACUUUCUCUGGAUGGGUAGAGGCGUUCCCAACAAGGCAGGAGACUGCCACCAUAGUGGUCAAGAAAAUCCUAGAAGAAAUCUUCCCACGCUUCGGGGUACCCAAGGUAAUUGGGUACGACAAUAGGCCCGCCUUCCUUGCCAAGGUAAGCCAGGGAGUGGCCAGAUAUCUAGGGGUCAAUUGGAAACUACAUUGUAUCUACAGACCCCAGAGUUCAGGACAGGUAGAAAGGAUGAACAGAACUCUAAAAGAGGCCCUGACUAAAUUAACCGUGGAGACUGGCGUGGACUGCGUGGUGCUCCUUCCCUUGGCCCUGUUUAGAGCUAGGAACACCCUCUCCCGGCUCAACCUGACCCCCUUUGAAAUUCUCUAUGGUACCCCUGCCCCCUUGACUUUACUGGGGGACGUAUUGAACACUUGCCACAGUAACAGUGAUCUAUAUGCCAGGUUAAAAGGACUGCAGGUGGUGCAGAAGGAAGUCUGGAUGCAGCUGGCGGCCGCCUACGAGCCUGGGACCCCCAAAGUUUCUCACCAGUUCCAGGUCGCGGACACAGUCUAUGUGAGACGACAUUGCUCCCAGACUCUGGAAUCCCACUGACCUUACCUGGUGCUCCUAACAACACCAACGGCUGUGAAGGUCGAUGGGAUCACCGCUUGGAUCCACGCCUCGCAUGUAAAGCCUGCACCACCAGCCGAGGACCAAGGAUCAAAAGACGCUACCUGGAGAGUCCAGAGUUCCAAGGAGCACCCCUUAAAACUCAAAAUCGUUUGGACUGGGGGUUCAGACACCUUGGAUGUUGUAAGAUGAAAAUUUUAUUUUUUCUUCUUCUGUACCUUCAGUACCUGGUAGUUUUUCCCCAGAGGCUGAGAGCUUCCAGCCCACAUACCCCUCGAAAGUUAACUUGGUAUGUUAUAAGUGGGGUAGGGGAUACAAUCUGGAACUCAUCCAAAGUCACCUUGGGGUCAUGGUGGCCUGACCUGUUUCCCGAUGUGUGCAAAUUAUCCAUAGGAGUCCCAGCAAACUGGGAUUUAGAAGGAUACUUUAAUGCUCACAAACCCCCUCCUGCCCCCUCCCCACUGGGGCAUUUCGGGCUUGAUCCAUGGGGGGGCUGCUCUACUAGAAAUCAGAGAAGUAUGCUGAGCACUCUCACGUUCUAUGUGUGCCCUGGGUUCCACCAUGACAGAGCACUAAACCAUCAGUGUAGAGGUAAAGCAGAUUAUUUCUGUAAAAGCUGGGGCUGCGAAACUACGGGGGAUACAUACUGGAAUCCCUCGUCCUCCUGGGACUAUAUAAAGGUAACUGCUAAUUAUACCAACCCCUCUCCCCCUGGUCAAGGGUGGGCAACCCGAUCGGAAAGCAGCCAACUUAAUUGGAAAGAUGUCCCUGCCUAUAGUGGAUGGUGCCACGCCCUCAGAAUAUUCUUCACGGAUUCAGGAAAAAAGGCCAUUGGAUGGGAAACAGGGUUUACAUGGGGGUUAAGAUUCUAUAAAGAAAGAUGAUGAUGGACUGUUGUUCACCAUCAAGCUCAAGGUAGAAACCCAGAAUACUGGCAUAGGCCCAAAUAAAUACUUAGCUCCGGUGGGACCUCCAAUGGUCAAACUAAAGACUACCCCAGCACCCCUGGGUACCCAACCAGAGUCCUCAGUCCCCGCUAAAAGGUCAAAGACUAGGGCACCAAAGAAAAUGUCUAAACCCCCUGAGCCUAAACCUCAAAAACAACCUGGGUUAUUCCACCUAGUCUCUGAAGCCUUCAAGGUCUUAAAUAAUACCAACCCCAAUGCAACUUGCUCCUGUUGGCUUUGCUAUAACGUUGCUCCCCCAUAUUAUGAAGGAAUAGCCUUCAGAGGCAAGGUUAAUGCUACAACUAAGGUUUCUGACUGUCGCUGGCAACAACAAAGAGUCAAACUUACUCUGCCAGCGGUCACGGGGCACGGAACAUGUGUGGGAAAAAUCCCUCCCUCACACAGCCAACUGUGCAACCAGAAUCUUAACCAAAUUGAAUAGUGACACAUAUCUGUUGCCCCCUCCAGGGGGAUGGUGGGCCUGCGCUACUGGGGUUACACCUUGCAUUAGCUCAAAGGUCCUGAAAGAGACCCAGGAUUUCUGUGUCCUGGUUCAGUUGCUGCCUCAGCUUGUUUACCAUCCCUACGAAGAACUACUAUUGUACUGGGAUAAAAACAAUGGGUAUUACCGAGCCAGAAGAGAACCCAUAACUGUCACGCUCUCUGUCCUUUUGGGCUUAGGAUUAGGAGCGGCUGGGGCAGCUACAGGAAUUUCAGCUUUGGCUGUUCAGCAUCAAAAUUACCAAAGUUUACAGGCAGCCAUAGAUGGUGAUAUUAAAGAAAUAGAAAAUUCAAUUGCCAAACUACAAGAGUCCCUCACCUCUCUUUCUGAGGUGGUCCUACAAAAUAGAAGGGGACUAGACCUCUUGUUCCUUCAGCGGGGGGGGCUCUGUGCUGCACUAAGAGAAGAAUGUUGUUUUUACAUUGGUCACUCGGGUAAUUAAAGACUCCAUGGCCGGGCCGGCCC